UAUUUCAAAAAACCAAACAUUCUACAAACAUGGGGAAAUGUAGAGUACUCUUCUUCCUCCUCUCCAUCUUUUCACUCUUCUCUUUCUUCCUACCCACAUUACACGCGCUGCCCCUAUCGACGAGUUCUCGAUGGAUCGUCGAUGAAAAGGGGCAGCGCGUGAAGUUGGCGUGCGUAAAUUGGCCGUCACACCUAGACUUGGCAGUGGCAGAAGGUCUAACCAAACAGCCAGUUGAUGUUAUAUCAAAGAAAAUUAAAGAUAUGGGGUUUAAUUGUGUUAGGUUCACUUGGCCUCUUUAUUUGGCUACUAAUAACUCUUUGGCGUCUACUACUGUCAGACAGUCUUUUACCAAUGCUGGUAUUUCGAAGGAUGUUGUUGCUAAUUUACAAGCUAACAACCCCUCCAUUGUUGAUCUUUCCCUAAUCAAUGCUUUCAAGGCAGUGGUGGGAAGCCUAUCAAAGAAUAAGGUGAUGGUGAUUUUGGAUAAUCAUAUAAGUAAACCAGGGUGGUGUUGUGCUGACUCUGAUGGCAAUAGCUUCUUUGGUGACAAGUACUUUAACCCUAACCUUUGGGUUAAGGGUUUGACCAAAAUGGCUACUCUUUUCAAAGAUAAUCCUUUUGUUGUUGGUAUGAGUUUAAGGAAUGAACUUCGUGGACCAAUGCAGAACACUAAAGAUUGGUAUAGGUACAUGCAACAAGGUGCAGAACAAGUACACAAAGCAAACCCAAACGUACUAGUCAUCAUCUCCGGUCUAAGCUUCGACACAAACUUAAGCUUCCUGAAAAAACAACCACUCUUUCUAACCUUCACACGAAAACUAGUCUUCGAAGUACACCAUUACUCCUUCACAGGAGGUCCAAAAUGGAGGGUUGGAAACGCUAACCAAGUUUGUGCAGACAUGACGAAUAAUCUGAUGCAAAACGCUGGUUUUUUGAUGGAUCAAGGGUUUCCUUUAUUUGUAGGGGAAUGGGGGUUAGCCAUGGUUGGAACCUCUGAGAGUGAGGAAAGAUACUUGAAUUGUUUUCUGGGUUGGGCAAUGGAGUAUGAUUUAGAUUGGGGGUUAUGGACAUUAUCUGGGAGUUAUAAUGUUAAAUUAGGUGAAGUUGGUGCUGCUGAGAGUUUUGGAUUGCUUAAUCGGAAUUGGACUGAUGUUAGUAAUGAAGGGAUUUUUCAGAGGAUUUCUACUAUUCAACCCCUUCGUCAAGGACCAGAAACUUCAUAUCGCCAUAAACACAAGAUUAUAUUUCACCCAGCAACAGGACUUUGCAUCCUGAAAACAACAGGAAUGGGAGUACAACUUGGAAAUUGCUCUGAAUCAAACCAUUGGGACUACACACCCCAAAACACCCUAGCCAUUGAAGGUUCAUACCUCUGUUUACAGGCACAAGGUUCGAACCGUCCUGCUAGACUCACUAUCAACAGUCAGAAUACAGGAACCAAAUGGGUUCAGAUGUCAGACUCAAAACUCCAUCUUGCAACUGAAUUGAGCAACAACAACAACACAACUGUUUGCUUGGACGUGGAUUCUGGUCAUAAUCUUAUAACAAAUCCUUGCAAAUGUUUAAGCAAAGAUAUCAAAUGUGAUCCUGGUAGCCAGUGGUUUAAGAUUGCUGAUGCUUGUGAUUUUUACUAGCUAAUAUCCAAAAAAUUUAAACCUCAGAUGUAAUGUAAUAUUAACCUCCUAGAUUAAUAGCCAGAAAAAAUUGUGAUAUGCAUAAAAUUAUAAGUUUAUAAAUUAGCCCUCUAAUUUCCUUUGCACCAGUGGAUCA